AUGAGGCGGCGAGGACCAGCGUCCUCUCCCGGCGAUGGCGGAGUCAGUGGAGGCCGGAGUUGCGGAAACACCCACUUCGCCGGCAACAGCACCACCAAGUUCGUGCCCGGCGGUUACCCAGUCUCGUGCUUCGACACCGUGGGUGAUUUCCUGAGCUGGGUCGACCAUGUCAUCCGCCGGCGAGAGCGCUUCCCUCUCCCCUGCCCGGGCCAGCCGUUCCGCCGGAAGGACUUCUCGAUCGACUCGCUGGGGCUGAAUUUCGAACAGGACGAUCCCGAUUGUGGAUGGAUCGAAUUCAACAGGGAUAGAUCCAAAACGAGGGCGCCGUUGGUGAAAAGCCGGGCGAAACUGCUCAAACACUUGACCCUGCGGAACUGCGACAUGGACAUCCUCAGGGCCCAAUUCCAAUUCACCAGCCCACGCCGCGGAAGCUUUGAGUGUCUAAGAUCCCUCGUGGUGCAAAAGGGGCGGUUGAUAGAGGCGAGAUUUCUAACCGAGUUUAUUGGUGGUAUGUCGAGAUCUCCGAGAGUUGACCUUGGAAGAUUGCAGCAUCGUCGGUGA